GGCGGGGCCAUGGCGGGGCCGGCCUGAGCCCAGCCGAGCCGGCCCGACCCGCGCUGGCCGCCGCCAUGUUACCGAGCCAGGCCGCGGCCGGCAACGGGGCCGCCGCUGCCGCCGCUGCCCUGGCCCGCGGCUCGGCGCUGGGCCGCUCGGCGGUGCCCCGCGGGGCGAACGGCGGCGGCGGUACCGGGGGAGGAGGAGGAGGAGCGGCGGGGCCGCCCGGCGGGCGGCUGGAGCGGGAGGCGCUGUACAGCGGCAGCGAGGGCGACUCGGAGUCGGCGGAGGACGAGGAGCUGGGCGGCGGGGAGCGGCGCGGCAUCAAGCGGGGCCUGGCGGAGGCGGCGGGAGGAGGAGCGGGGCCCGCGGUGGGCCCGGGAGCGGCGGCGGGCUCCGGGUACGGAGCGGGAGGAGGCGGCGGAGGAGGAGGAGGGGGCGGCGGGGCCGUGAGCGGAGCCAAGCCCGGGAAGAAGACGCGGGGCAGGGUGAAGAUCAAGAUGGAGUUCAUCGACAACAAGCUGCGGCGCUACACCACCUUCAGCAAGAGGAAGACCGGCAUCAUGAAGAAGGCCUACGAGCUGUCCACGCUGACGGGCACCCAGGUGCUGCUGCUGGUGGCCAGCGAGACGGGCCAUGUGUACACCUUCGCCACGCGGAAGCUGCAGCCCAUGAUCACCAGCGAGACGGGCAAGGCGCUGAUCCAGACGUGCCUCAACUCCCCCGACUCGCCCCCGCGCUCCGACCCCACCACCGACCAGCGCAUGAGUGCCACGGGCUUCGAGGAGACCGACCUCACCUACCAGGUGUCCGAGUCGGACAGCAGCGGGGAGACCAAGGAUGCGCUGAAACCAGCGUUCACCGUCACCAACCUGCCGGGGACGACGUCCACCAUCCAGACGGCCCCCACCACCUCGACCUCCAUGCAGGCCAGCAGCGGCCCCUCGUUCCCCAUCACGAAUUACCUGGCGCCAGUGUCUGCCAGCAUCAGCCCCAGUGCCGUCACCAGUGCCAACGGGACCGUGCUGAAGACUACUGGAGCCAGUGCUGUGACGUCCGGGGGCCUCAUGCAGAUACCCACCGGCUUCACCCUCAUGUCAGGUGGUACCAUGGCUCAGCAGGUUCCUGUCCAAGCAAUCCAGGUGCACCAAGCACCGCAGCAAACGUCUCCCUCCAGUGACAGCAGCACUGACCUUACCCAGACCUCUUCCAGCGGAACAGUGACCCUCCCAGCGACCAUCAUGACAUCGUCUGUGCCAACCACGGUGGGCGGCCACAUGAUGUACCCCAGCCCGCACGCGGUGAUGUACGCGCCCACCUCCGGCCUGGCGGAUGGCGGCCUCGCAGUCCUCAACGCUUUCUCGCAGGCGCCCUCAGCGAUGCAGGUGUCCCACAGCCAGGUCCAGGAUCAGGGUGGUGUCCCGCAAGUGUUCCUGACAGCCCCUUCAGGCACCGUUCAGAUCCCGGUCUCGGCUGUGCAGCUUCACCAGAUGGCUGUCAUCGGGCAGCAGAGCAGCAGUGGCAGCAGCCUGACGGAGCUGCAGGUGGUCAACUUGGACACCUCGCACAGCGCCAAGAGUGACUGAGAGGCCUCUGCUGCUGGCCUUGUGCCGUCCCCGGCUUGUCGUGCCGGUGCUGGGGCUGGCAGCCACUCGUUCUCGUACAGACUGCACCAGUUAUUUAUUGUUGCCUUUUUCACGUUUCCUUCAUCCACACAUGCACACACACACGCACCCACCCACACCCACCCACACACACACACGGGCAUGCGCGUGGGGCUGCAGGACCCACCUGGGGAGGAGCUGUGCCGGGGCCACGCAGGGCUUGGGGGCGUCGGGAUGCUGCGAUAGCUGUGCUUGUCUCUCGCCAGCCAAAGAAACUUGUCUCUCGAGGGGAGGGUGCGCUCCAUGCUGUAAAUAAAUACUGGGGGGCGUUCCCAGCCGGAGGAGGCCCUGGAUCCUUCUGGGCGCUCCGGGUCGCCUUGGCUGUGGGUAUUGGCUCUGCGUGGGGCCCGGAGCUGUCCCCCGGGAGCCGGAGCGGAGCCGUGCUGGCCUCAGCAAUGUGCCUUUGUGGGGGUGACGGGUCCUGGCCGCGGCAGCUCCCCGCCCCGGGCUCCGCAGGGGAGCGAGUGGCCAGCUUGGACGUGCAUCUCUGGUUGGGCCGGGCACGUGGCCCCAUCCUCCUUGUAUGCACUACAGCAAGCCCUCUGCCCUCAGUGCCUCCUCGCCGGGCUGCCCGGCGGCCCUGCAGCCUGCCCGGCUCUGCCCCCGGCAGCCGAAAGGCUCGGCGGGUGCCCGGGAGCUCAACGAUGCCCCGCAGAGCUCCCGGGGGGCUCCGCGGCCAGCCCGGCCCCGCGCUCCCGUCUCGGCCCUUGCACUGCUUGCGGACUCCAUGCACCCGAGGGGGCUGUGGCCGGAUCUUUCCCGCACCCCUCUGCAGCUCCAGCCGCUGCUUUCUAAAUUUCUGUGUCUGAUGCAAGGCGGAGAAGCAACUUGAGUGUCAAAGGGAAGAGCACUGAGCUGCUGGGCAGGCGGCAGGCUCUUCCCGGAGCACCAGGGUGACCUGUGGGCCGUCCUGGGCUGUGGAGGAGCCUCAGUAGGGCUGGGGAAAAAAGGGCUGGAGCUUGCUUGGUCCUGCAUGGGAGUUGCUGUGAAUGGCUCUGCUACCUAGCCCUGUCCCUGGAGGGAGAGCGAGCCAGUAAGAAGAAGCUGCUGAACCCUUAGGGGAAGGAGCAGCUACUGUAAUUUUUUUUAAGUUAAAGACGAAGCCUUGGGGGAAAAAAAAAGAAAAAAAAAAAAAAGAAAAAAAAAAAAAAAGAAAAUGACUUUAUUUUUCUAAGUGUUAAACUCAGUAUUUAUGUAAUUCUUUAAGGAAUAAAAGUUUGGCU